UCGUUGUCGUUGUCGUUGUCGUUGUCGUUGUCGUUGUCGUUGUCGUCGGUGGCGGCGUUAUUGGCGGCGGUGGCAUUGUUGGCAGCGGUGGCGUUGUUGGCAGCGGCGGCGUUGUUGGCAGCGGCGGCGGCGUUGUUGGCAGCGGCGGCGGCGUUGUUGGCAGCGGCGGCGGCGUUGUUGGCAGCGGCAGCCGCGUUGUUGGCAGCGGCGUUGUCGGCGGCGGCGUUGUUGUCGGCGGCGGCGUCCUCGGCGUCGGCAUCAUUGGUGCCGGCCUUCACCACGCUCGCCUGCUAUGUGGAAUUGUAGCAGGUGGACAUAUAUAUUAAAGUCCCAAUGUUGCACUUUCAUAGUUAAUGAAACGACCAAUGAAGAGUCAGGAUUCGCCCCCCUUGAUUUAGUUCACUCUGAGCGACUUUCCCGUACCCUCGCGGGUAGCUCCCGCGGGGAUCGUUUUUGCUCUGGUUCGAUCCUCGCUAUCGUCAGCACAUUCUUUUGUUUUGCAUCCCGAUAGCAAGCGCAAGCAACCAACAUCCUAGCACGGCGAUUCCGGUGGUGGUGUUCGUGGCCUUCACCCCGCUUGCCGGCGAUGGCACUGUUGACAUACACAUAGAAGUAAGGUAUCUAUGAUGUUUUGUCAUGAGGCGGUGUUUGUGGGCUUCACCCCGCUCGCCGGCGACGCAAUUCUGGAUAUAGGUACACAUAGAAAUCUCUAUGAUGUUUUGUCAUGAGGCGGUGCUCGUCUCUUCACGCGCCGGCCGGCGAUGCAAUUGCUGACAUAGGCACACAUAGAUUCUCUAUGAUGUUUCGUCAUGAGGCGGUAUUCAUGUUCUUCACGCGCUGGCCGGCGAUGCAAUUGCUGACAUGUUCAUGUUCUUCACCCACUCGCCGGCGAUGCAAUUGUGGACAUACACAUAGAAGUCCCGAUGAUAUUUUGUCAUGAGGCGGUGUUCGUGUUGUGCAUCCGCUCGCCGGCGAUGCAAUUGAUAUCGUAGAGACCUAGACUUCUAUAUGUCAUGUUCUUCACCCGCCCGCAGGCGAUGGAAUUGUUGACAUACAUAUAGAAGUCUCUGUGAUGCUUUGUCAUAAUGAAACGACCAAUGAAGAGUCAGGAUAACAACCCUUGAUCACUCUGAGCGAGUUUCCCGCAACCUGUACGCCUUAACACCCGUCAGGUCUGCGUUUUUUGCUCUGGUUCGAUCCUCAACGUCGGCACAUUCUUUUUUGAUCUCGAUAGCGAACGCAACAUCGCACAACCUCCACGCGAGCCCGCACUGUCGUGUCCAGCUAGAUUAUGAAGCUGGCGGCUCCUUUUUCUUUUGGCGCGCUUUCAGGUGCACACUCCCGUCAGGAGCAUUGGAGCCAGAACCUCGCUAAGUAGGUAGGGAGGUAUUGACGGUGGAAGUCAUUGUUUGUCCACCUUCCUUUCCUCGCGCACACGAACGCACAUUACUGUCACCUCACCACCUGCAGCAAACACCAUUUCAUCCACCGCACAGCACCGAUAUCAACGACAGCAGCAAGUACCACCUCAUCACUGACAGCAGCAGCGCCGCCAGAAAUGUCAGACCAGCGACCUCGCAAGCAUCCGCAGCCGCCCGCCGCCGCCAGGAGGGAUACGAAGGUGAAGCACGACUUCUUCGCCGAGGCAAUCGCUGCAUUGAGAGACCUGGCCACUUCACUCGACGAGAUGACCGCCGGCCACGAAGCCCAUCUGGAGGAUCAUCGGCAGUUUCUCGAGCGCAUGCAGGCUGAGAGUUGGAAGAUCCCAACGGGCGAACACAAAGGCGGUUCCUUGGGAGCGUCGGACACAUUUGCCGCGGCAGUGGUGUGAGCUGCUAUCCAUCCAGGUUUCUGACCUGGUUAGUCGCUCAUCCCAAUCUCGAGCUUGACGUGCGCUAAUUUCACCAGUGCCAGGCGCACGCGCUCGACGAGCAGAAGAGGAUGGUGCUCAAAGUAUGACAGACUAGCAGGAGAUAGUAAAGUGAUGGCAGCCUCUGAACUGCACUCGCCAUGCGCUGGCCCGAUACAGUUCUUUUGGCCCUAUGCGCAUACCGACGAUAUCGGUCCAAGCACUGCAGCUCAUGGUGACCAAGCGGAGCGCAACUGGGACGACACAAUCUACAAUGCCAUGACACCAGAUGCUAUGGGCAUCGCAACAGGGCACGACGACGCAAUUGGACUCUGGGUGAGACAGUCUUGUAUCGGAAGAAAGCUUGUCAAAAUCACAUCGCAUUUCUGCGAUUCUCUUCCGUCCCCCCGUGUCUCCCGAAUUUACACUGUCCUCGGUAAUCAUCCUCAAGCACCCGGAGGGCUUGCUGAACGCACAGGCCACUGACCAUGAUAGAACAGAUCAACUUGGCUGCUUGAUGUAAUGAGACCUCGUGUGUAUUCCAAUCACACACAUCUUGAAGUCUCAUCGGACAGAAUUGCACACGGGCCAUGACAUGGCCUUCCCGUAGCAUCUGCAGUCCAUUUCCCAGCGUCCCUUCUCUUUGCAUUACGCAUUUCCUCAGUUCAAGUGCCGACAUCGCAAUAUCUCUGGCAGCUGCCAUCCUGCCUGAUGUCCAUCACCGUUUGGUUUUGCGUCCAUCUCUUGACUGCCCGUUGUUCCUCUCAAAUCAGUUCUCGAGCAAGCGACCAGCAACAUCCACCACAUUCCCGCUCUCGAUCGGCUUCAAGGUCAUGCGUUUGAACAAAAGCCAAUACAUUCAUCGGCGUGGCGUCUUCGGGUCGGGCCUAGGUCGUUCUGUCUGCUACGGUUUCGCUCGGUGGGAGACUACCUUUAGGCAUAUAUGGCACGGGCAUGAGGGAUCCAUCAAGGCUACGGAUCAAAGAGGACUGAUAGGUAUAGGUGGGAUAUAUGACGGCGUGGGGCUGCAAGAUGCAUAUACACAUAUGGUCUGGAUGUGUAUGGAAUCGUGGAACAAGGAUGGAAGAAGAUAGGAAGAUGAUG